GGCAGACUGUAUUCAGCAAGCACAGAGGCUCAACGCUGAGGCAUAGACCACGUUUGCUACUGGAAUAAGGCAACUGCAAUGGAAAAAAUAUGUUCUCCUAGUCCCAGGAACAACUGACGAUACAAAGGACAAUGCACAGUGUAUAUCCUGAUGACAUUUUGUGUGCUGUGACAUGGUUUUUGCCAUGGCAUCUGAGACUGAAAAGGCCCAUGCUCUUCUCCAAACUUUCAGCACAGCUUCAGUUAUUUCUAGUUUAGGUUUGGGAAUAUUCUGCUUUGUAGCAGACAGACUUCUGCAGUUUUCCUUCAUUCAGCAAAACGACUGGCUCCGAGCCCUCUCUGAUAAUGCAGUGCAUGGUAUACUAGGAAUGUGGUCCUGGGCAAUAGUGAUUGGACUCAGGAAGAAAAGUGACUUCACUGAGGUCACUCUGGCUGGCUUCCUCGCCUCCGUCAUUGAUGUGGACCACUUCUUUCUUGCUGGCUCCCUGUCAUUAAAGGCUGCUCUGACUCUUCCACAGAGACCACUUCUUCAUUGUUCUACUGUGAUUCCUGUUGUGGCUCUGACAUUAAAGUUUAUUAUGCACCUUUUCAGGCUUAAGGAUUCAUGGUGCUUUCUUCCCUGGAUGUUGUUCAUAUCCUGGACUUCUCAUCACGUCCGUGAUGGGAUUCGUCAUGGCCUCUGGAUCUGCCCGUUUGGAAAAACUCCUCCUUUGCCAUAUUGGCUGUAUGUGGCAAUUACAGCAUCUUUACCUCAUCUGUGUUCAUUUAUUAUGUAUUUAACAGGCACUAGAGAACUAAUGUCUAUAAAACAUGGAAUCCGCAUUGAUGUGUAAGAAUGAUGGCUCUUAAAGAUUAGUUGUAUUAGCACUUGAAAUAAGCUGCUUAUCACGGAAGUGGUUUCCUUAUGUUCCCUAUGACUUCAAGUUAGGCAUUUUAAGCCUGUGGAGCCAGUUACAGCUCCUGUGUCAAUUCCUUGUGGUCAUAGAAACCUAUUUAAUGAAUGGUAAUAAUUUUAUAUCUGUACAUUUCCCUUGUAAAAUAUGUGGUCUUCCAUUAUAGUUCAUGCAUAGCUAGCUGAUUUAUAAAGUACUUAGUCUCUCUGUAGUAAUUACAUUACAUUUUACUAUCACAGUGCCGUUCAUCUGAUCACCAUUCACUUUGAAUUUGUAUUUUGCCUUUAGAUAAUACAUUUCAUUUAGGUAGCAUUUGUAUAGCACUUUAAAAAUGUAAAGUACUAUGUAAAUGCUAAGUAUUAAUGAGAAUUUAGUAGUCUAUGGCCCUUCUAAAAACCAUCAGUUAUCCUUUUGAAUUUAUUUGUUUUCCUGUUGGACUCUUGUAUUCAGCUGUUUUAAAAGAAAUGCUGUUUGUAUUUGACAAUGUGCAACUGUAUAUCUGCACCUCUUUGAACACUGCUAUCAUAUAGUGUUUCUACUAAAUUCUAUUUCUCUGUAGUUGGUUGGUACUCCAUUUGCAGAUAAUUACUAGUUAUUAUUUGUGGUUAGAAAGGAGAAGACAGUUUGGUUACAGUAUUAUGUGUGUUGGCCAAAUUGUUUAAUUUAAAAAAUAUACUAAUUACGAAUAUUAUUUAAUUUGGAACUAAGGAAUUUUAGUAAAUAUUUAAGGAUUGUGUAAAGGCAAACUUAUUUAUUACAGUAAAACAUAGGCUUUAGGGAAGAUUCAGGAAGAUAUAAGAAAAUCAAAAUUGCUCAAAAUGUGAGUUUGCUUAAAGACCUUACUACUGUACUUGUAAACAGCAUUUUCCAUUAAGUGCAAUAUCAGCCUUAUUAUUGUAAAAUAAAAUGCAUUAUUAUUAUUAUACGGAAUAGAAA